UUUUUUUCAAAAAAAAUACCACAACCUUUUUAAUUUAUUUUUCCCCUCAGGUUCGAGUUUCUCGGUGUAAGCUUUUGUUGUUUUCUGGUUAAUGGAAGGACCUUGAGCUUUACCCUCUGCAAUUCGUGCAUUUCUCUUCUGCAACACGAAAGCUUUGGUUCAUCUUCUUUUCUUUCUCUCUUCUGCAUCGUUUUCUCCGUUGAAGAGGCUAUCUUGGUCGGUUUUAGCACUAAUGUCUCCGCCAGUACUGGAUGUGGAGGACGGGCGGAGCGAGGUUUCUUCUCCUCCUGCUGACUGUAUCUCCCAAAAUGGAUUGGGGUUAAAAGAGCGUAAUUAUCUGGGUUUAUCUGAUUGUUCUUCAGUUGAUAGCUCUGCUGUCUCUAGCUUGCCCGAGGAUGACAAGAACAAUCUAAAUCUGAAGGCUACAGAGCUUAGGCUUGGUCUUCCUGGAUCUCAAUCUCCUGAGAGAGAACUAGAUCUUUGCUUGUUGAACUCAGGGACGCUUAAUGAGAAGCCCUUGUUUCCUUUGGUUCCUUCCAAGGAUGGAAUUUGCUCAUCAUCACAGAAGAGCAUUGUUUCAGGAAACAAAAGGGGAUUUUAUGACACCAUGGAUGGAUUCUCAAAGUCUGCGGGACAAGGUAAAUAUCCAGCAAAUUCAGGGAUUAAUGCAAUGUUAUCACCAAGACCUUCUGGUGCUCAAGCAGCUAUAAAGAAAGAUGUGCCUACUAAUGCUCUACAGGAACGACCUCAUUCCACUAUUGGAACCAACCUUAACCAAACUGGUACUUCUAACAUCAACGGCAGUCAACCUGCAGCAAAGGCACAGGUAGUUGGUUGGCCGCCUAUAAGAACAUUUAGGACUAAAACACUGGCCUCUUCCUCAAAGAAUAAUGAUGAAGUGGAUGGGAAGCCAGGUCCAGGUGCUCUUUUUGUCAAGGUCAGCAUGGAUGGUGCACCUUUUCUGAGGAAGGUUGAUUUGAGAACAUACACAACUUAUCAGGAACUAUCCUCUGCUCUUGAGAAGAUGUUCAGCUGUUUUACUCUUGGUCAAUGUGGGACCCAGGGCACUGCAGGUAGAGAACUGUGGAAUGAGAGCAAGUUGAAGGAUCUUCUGCAUGGAUCAGAAUAUGUGCUUACAUAUGAGGAUAAGGAUGGUGACUGGAUGCUUGUUGGGGAUGUCCCAUGGGAGAUGUUUAUUGAUUCAUGCAAGAAGCUUAAGAUCAUGAAAAGCUCUGAUGCCAUUGGAUUAGCUCCUAGAGCAAUGGAGAAAUCGAAGAACAGGAACUAGAAAAAGCCCUGAGCUUGCUGACUAUCUUAAAUUGGAAGCUAAAAUCGGAUGAAGCUGUGAUAAUUGAGGGCAUAAGCCAUAUUCAGUGUUCUUUAUGCUGGAUGGACCAUCAUUGUGUAUUCUAUGGCAUCCAUGUUUUGUUUAAUUAAAGAACUACAUUGAUAUCAUGUUUUAUGUUAGUCACAGGUUUGUCAUGAUUGCAGCAAAACACGACAAAAUUGUUUGGAAAAUCAGUGAUCAUGGACUUUAUAUAUAUCAUAGGAAUCUAGGUUGUUGUGCCUUGUGUUGAUUGCAUUUUGUUGAUUUGGGUGUUUUAUGGUGGAACCUCCUUAAUGCUAUGCAUU